AUGAUCAAUAAAGCACAGCACGGUUUUCUCCAUGGACGAUCAUGCGUGACACAACUUCUGUCCACUCUACAUCAUAUUGGACAAUUACUAGACAGAAAUAUCCAGACAGACGUUCUUUUUCUAGAUUUUUCUAAGGCCUUUGAUUCCGUUGAUCAUGGUAUCCUAUUGAAGAAACUGAAGGCUUAUGGUAUAUCAGGUAACCUUUACAAUUGGUUCACUGACUAUUUACGUGGACGUACUCAGCGUGUUGUUGUCGAAGGUGUUGCUUCAGAAUGGUCUCCAGUCACCUCAGGUGUCCCACAGGGGAGUAUUUUAGGCCCCAUGCUUUUCCUUCUAUUCAUCAAUGAUCUCCCUGAUGUAAUACCUCCAACAACUUCAACAUGGCUGUAUGCUGACGACACAAAGCUGUAUACGGCAAUAACAUCUCGCCAGGAUUGCGAUAAUCUACAAGAAGCUUUGUCAUACGUUGGCAAUUGGAGUAAGGAAUCCAACAUUAACUUCAACACGUCUAAGUGCAAAGCCCUGACAAUAUCCCCACGUAAACAACCGAUUGUGUUAAAUUACCAUCUUGGGUCCGCAGAAUUGAUACGCGUAGAUAGCGAAGUUGAUCUAGGGAUCACUAUUACCAGUAAUCUCUCCUGGAAUAGGCACAUUACAAAACUUGUUACGAAGGCAAAUUCAACGCUGGGUUUAUUACGAAGAACUUGUCCAAUGUUAACGAAUUGCGAUGCUCGAAGAACUUUAUACCUGUCACUUGUGAAAUCACAACUAUCUAAUGCCACAGAGAUCUGGUCUCCGUAUCAGUCGCUUAACAAAAUUAGCUUGGAAAAACUACAAAGACGCGCCACGAGAUGUAUCCUCCAAGUGAAGAAAGGUGACAUUACAUACAAAGAUCGAUUGCUGACCCUCAACCUACCACCGUUAACAUACGAUAGAGAGAUAAAGGAUUUAACGUUUUUCUUCAAGUUAUUGCAUGGAUAUUACGACUAUCAAUGUUUCUGA